AUGGGGGGGGGACCCUCAUGGUGUGCUGCUAGGAGCGCCAGCGACAUCAGCACCGACACAGCAGCAGCAGCAGCAGCAGCAGCAGCAGCAGCAGCAGCAACAGCAGCAGCAGCAGCAGGGGGUUCAACUGGCAUCUUUAGGGGCCCCCGUACCUCACGAGAGGGGCCCCUGUUGGAUUCUCAGCAGCAGCAGCAGCAGCAGCAGCAGCAGCAACAGCAGCAGCAGCAGCAGGGGGUUCAACUGCUGCUGCCGCAGCAGCAGCUGCUGCAGCAGCAGCAGCAUCUGCAGCAGCAGCAGUUGCUGCUGCAGCAGCAGCAGCAACUGCAGCAGCAGCAGCUGCUGCUGCAGCAAGCAAGAAGAUUACGAGAGUCUAAUCAGGAACCAAGAAGAAGCUUUGGCCGUGCCUGCUCUUCCCCGGAGAUACAGCAUUUGCAGCAGCAGCUGCAGCAGCAGCAGCAGCAGCAGCAGCAGCAGGGCUCUUCCCCGGAGAUACAGCAUUUGCAGCAGCAGCUGCAGCAGCAGCAGCAGCAGCAGCAGCAGCAGCAGGGUGCCUGCUCUUCCCCGGAGAUACAGCAUUUGCAGCAGCAGCUGCAGCAGCAGCAGCAGCAGCAGCAGGAGCAGCAGCAGCAGCAGCAGCAGCAGCAGCAGCAGAGAGGUGUAUAUACACCUGGGGGCCUACACAACAGAGCAAAGCUAUUUACCUCUUCUAUUGUCUCUCGUGUCAACUCUGUAUGGAGACGGGGGAUGAGUGCUGACCCGCUGCAGCAGCAGCUGCAGCAGCAGCAGCAGCAUUCUAUUGUCUCUCGUGUCAACUCUGUAUGGAGACGGGGGAUGAGUGCUGACCCGCUGCAGCAGCAGCAGCAGCAGCAGCAGCAGCAGCAGCAGCAGCAGCUGCAGCAGCAAGACAGCAGCAGAGCAGCAUCGUGGCGUCAGCGGUGGGGACUCCCACAGCAGCAGCAGCAGCAGCAGCAGCAGCAGCAGCAGCGGAGAGGCAGCACGCAGUCCUUAGACCUCCUAAGCGACUACCCGCUGCCCCCCAAUAUCCAGCAGCAGCAGCAGCAGCAGCAGCAGCAGCAGCAGCAGCAACUGCUGCAGCAGCAAAGAAGAGCAGAAACAGCAGCAGAAUUGUCUCCAUCUACAUCUCGUCUUGGUCGUGCUGCUUCUCGUUUGUUUGCCGCAAUAAAACAAAAACUCCCGCAGCAGCAGCAGCAGCAGCAGCAGCAGCAGCAACUGCAGCAGCAGCUGCAGCAGCAGCAGCAGCAGCACGAAAGCAGCAACUGCUGCAGCAGCAAAGAAGAGCAGAAACAGCAGCAGAAUUGUCUCCAUCUACAUCUCGUAUUGAAGAAGAAGAAGCAGCAGCAGCAGCAGCAGCAGCAGCAGCAGCAGCAGCAGCAACAGCAGCAGAAGAGAAGCGGUGGAGGCGAGGAAGAACGAGAGAGAGUCCAAGUAGCCACAGCAGCAGCAGCAGCAGCAGCAGCAGCAGCAGCAGCAGCGGCAGCAGCGCAGUGA